AUGAAUGGCAGAGGCUGUGACGCCCUGCCCGCCCUGCGCGCCCCGCGGCCCCUGGGGGUCCGAUGGUUCAGAUUAUCGUCGCGAGCCUCGGAGUCGAGGGUGGCGAUGUGCCUGGCGCUGCUGCUGGCGCUGUCCGCAUGCCUUCCGUCCAGCGAGGCGCUCGCCUUCAGCACCACGCACUCCAGGGCGCUGCACCGGCUGCUGCUGAACCAGCAGGAGAUCAACGCGCUCAACUCGGCCAGCGGUAGCAGCAGACAGCCGUCGCCGAACCACAUACAGCCGCCGCCCGACAAGGCGACGACGGAGCCGCCGCCCACCACGACGGAGCCGACGGAGCCUCCACCCACGACGACGGAGCAGGCGGAGAAGACACCGCCCUCGGACGACUUCAGCUGGACCGCGGUGUCGCGGUCGUACUACGGCUACGUCAACAAGACGACGACCACGACGACGCCCGCGCCGCCGCCCAACGACAACAUCGACAACGUGACGGUGGGCAACGGCAAGGACGACGACGUGCCCGACGUGGACGACUACGCGGCGGCGUCCGCCGACGUGCAGCUGGAGGACGCGUUGCCGUCGGCCGCACCCCUCACCGGCGUGCGACUGUCGUCCCCCGCGCCCUUCCAGAACUCGUCCAUCGACGCGGACGCGGUCGGCGUCGAGGACGCGGACCUCGGCGGCGCGGUGUUCCCGGCGUUCGGCGAGCGGACGGCGGGGCGGAGGCCGGCGGGGUUUGAGAACGGCGGCAGCCGGACCGGCCGCGCGGCCCGGAGAAGGCGCUUUCGACGCUACGUGCGCUUCCCCGGGGAGCUGCCGCCGCUGCCGCCGCCUCAGGAGGAGGCCACGGGGCGGCAGCUGUACCGAGGACCAGGGCCGCCGUCAGGACCGCCAGGACCUCCGCCGGGCUUCGUGACGGCGCCGAGCGCGUACGGCGGCUCGCCGGGCUUCUACUCGGCCAGCGGCGGCUCCUACAGUCCGUGGCAGCCCGGGCCGUCCUUCCACCCCGUGCACUACAACGGCCACGGCGGCCACGGCGGCCACGGCGGCUUCGGCGGCGGGCCUCCGAACCACGCGCCGCCGUUGCCGCCCCACGGGCCUCACGCCCAGCUGGGGCCGCUGCCGUCCAGCGGGCCGCGGUCGCCGCGACUCGUGUUCCCGCCGCCCGACAUCCCCGGCGCCGUGCACGCGUCGCAGUCCAUCUACUACAACAACCAGAACGCGCUGCAGGACCUGCGGCAGGAGGACCCUCGCGAGAGCGGCGACAGGCCGGACAGGCCGGACAGGCCCCUUGGCGCGCCGAGCCAGGGCGGCCAGGGCGGCCAGGUCUGCGGCGUCGGCGCCACAUGCGAGUUCUUCUUGUCGUGCUGGAUGGGCGGCGGGCUGCUGGACGGCCAGUGCGGCGCGCUGCUGCACGGCUGCUGCCGCCGCAAGCCGCGGACCACGGCCAAGAUGGGCGAGCUCCCCCCCGCCGCCUCCAACGAGGUGCUAGCCCUGCCUGCUGACUUGGGACCCGUCAACAAUGACCCCCGGUGCGGGGUGUCCCCGGGCCGGCUGGGCGCUCAGCGGCGGAUAGUCGGCGGCGACGAGGCGGGCUUCGGCAGUUUCCCGUGGCAGGCGUACAUCCGAAUCGGCUCCUCGCGGUGCGGGGGCUCGCUGGUGAACCGGUACCACGUCGUCACGGCGGGCCACUGCGUAGCAAGGGCGUCGGCACGGCAGGUGCAGGUGACGCUGGGGGACUACGUCAUCAACUCGGCCGUGGAGCCGCUGCCGGCCUACACGUUCGGCGUGCGCGAGAUCCGCGUGCACCCCUACUUCAAGUUCACGCCGCAGGCCGACCGCUACGACGUGGCCGUGCUGCGCCUGGACCGGCCCGUGCAGUACAUGCCGCACAUCGCGCCCAUCUGCCUGCCGCAGAAGGGCGCCGACUUCCUGGGCCAGUACGGCUGGGCGGCCGGCUGGGGCGCGCUGCAGGCAGGCUCCCGCCUCCGGCCCAAGACCCUCCAGGCCGUGGACGUGCCCGUCAUCGACAACCGGCUGUGCGAGAAGUGGCACCAGAGCAACGGCAUCAACGUCAUCAUCUACGACGAGAUGAUGUGCGCGGGCUACCGGGGCGGCGGCAAGGACUCGUGCCAGGGGGACUCGGGCGGCCCGCUCAUGAUGGAGAAGACGGGGCGCUGGUACCUCAUCGGCAUUGUGUCGGCCGGCUACUCGUGCGCGCAGCGUGGCCAGCCCGGCAUCUACCACAGGGUGGCCCACACCGUCGACUGGAUCUCCUACAUCGUCAACAGCCACAAGCUGUGAGCUGUGCCUCCUGGGAGGCCUUUCCUUUCCCAGAGACUAGAGACCCUCUCUUCCCCUCGAGAGUCUGGACCGAGGAGCGGGCGACUGGCCGCCGCCGCGACGCCGCGGUCCGGACUCUCGUGAACGCAACCGGGUAACAUAGUGGCAUAAGCAGGGCUGGCGCCGAUGCUGUUUUCGGGAAAGACGGUCAAGAGUAAGAAGUAAGUUUUCUCUUCAAAUGUGAUAUUAGCGAUGUUGCACGCCAGGGGACGAGGCGAGGGCGACUGGGCGCUCCGCCCCGAGGGCCCCCCGCCCGUCUCCAGCGUCUCCAGGGACUUGUUGACUUUGUCGCGCUCGCCGCCGGAGCGAGUAGGUCUAGUCGAGACAACACGGCCCCGCUGUGUGGGAACUCACCACUAGAUUCCUUAAUUUAUUAUUAUUUUUUAUUGUGUGAUCGAGGUGGUAAGCGUAGGACGGUUGGAGUGCUGGAGCAUGGCAAGCAUGGCAAGCCUGGCUGGAGGGAAUGCCAUCGAAGCAUCGACGUGUGGUCGAGAUGCGUGCUUUCAUUCCCGGUUUGAAGCGGGCAUGUGCUUCUGGUUUCGUGUUUCGAGGCGAGUAUCUGUUUCCGUUUGGAUGCCUGCAUCUGUGCGUCCGUCGCGGGGCAAUUUUGUAUCCAUUUAAGCAAGCCAUACCAAUGAGACCCUCGUUGGAAAAAAGUUAGUGUGGUGUGGUCACACUUGUUCAAUAUGGAGCUUUACUACAAUUUACUUUGAAUUCUGUUGAGAUGAUGGUUGCUGUAUGCAGAUUGGUGAAAUGAUGUAUUUAUAUUUUGUGAUGAUAGACUCGAGAUUUGGAAUUAAAUUAUUUUUGUAGAAAGUAAAUUCAAUCAGUCAUGUUAGAUGAAAUGAAAAUCCAUCCAUGAUGUAAUUAUUACACAAUCUCCUCUGAAGGGGUUCCUUAUUUCACUUUUAAAUUGGAUGAAGAGACUGAUUGCUUUCAAAUGACAAGACUACCAGUUACAUUUUGUUUGGGACUGUGAGACAAUUUUGAGACAAUUGUAGUAGUGUGUUUCAAAAUCCUAGGUAUUUGUAUGCUUAUUAUUGUACAUAGGUUGACAGUGUAUAGAUGUCUUUACAACAGUAAAAAUCCUCUUGUAAUGAAAUUUUAAAGUUUUGAAGAUGUAAAUUAUUUAUAUUUAAUAACUACCUGUGAAGUAAAGAUACAACCAAGUUACCGUUCCUUGUGUAUUCUAUAGAUGCUAGUGCCCACCCUUGCUGAAUUUUAUGGUGUGAAUAUCUCUGCUACCUCUUUAGAUCAGUGUAAAGUUAAACAAGUAUAGAAGUUUUGUACAUUUGCUAUAAUUCGUUUCAUAUUUUUUUCUAUCCUCUGUAAAUUAUGUAAAUAAAUCAGGACAAAUCAGUGUCAUGAAUCUUACUCCAACUACCCCCAACCACAUUCCAGUUCUCUAGAGAACUCAUGCCAACAACUUUCUUGACUUUUACAGCGGUAAUAAAAGUGGGUAAAAGAAUU